AUGAGGAAGAAGUACUCCCAGGCCGCGCUGAAAAAGUCCGCCGAGGGCACAUCCAGGCUCUUCAGCUUUUUCGAGUCGAAAAAACGUGGUCGCGCCGAUGAGGGCAAAGGGUUGUUGGGCUUCCUCCAGGACUCAGCGUUUGUCGAUGCGGUGAAGGUCGAAGACCUCGACGAGGAGGAACCCUUGAACUGGACACCCACGGUGUUCUCCACCUCUCGCGUCUCCGCCCCUGACACGAGCGUCGAGGCUCACACGUCCUUCGUGGCGGAGCUGCCCCGAAGGCCCGGUCAUGUCGCGGUGAGGAGCGGAUCGAGCAAGGGCAAGGGGGACCUGGUCAUGGUCAUCGAGAAGACCCUCUACACCGAGGCCGUUGAUUUGUACCAAGGGCCUUACGGUCGGGAGGCGAAAGACGGUAUCGAGAGCGACCCUCACGAGGGUGUCCUUCCCGACCGGAACGGCGCUGGUAGCGUUCAGUACGCCACUGAAGAAGACGCCAUCAGCGCUAUCCUCGAGACGAAGCAGCCCUACGGUGAUGGUCUUCACAAGUUCCUCGCGCUCUCUAGCUUUUUUCGCUGGCAGACUCCAGCAAAGCAGCGGAAGAUGGACGCCGAGAUGAAGGCUACGUUUACCGAGGGUGAACUCUUCCAGCGCUCGUCGCUCUUCAUCGACGAGACGGGCAACGCGCUGUCCAAGAUCGGAGUUAGGGUAGCAAGUGACACUGGGAGAGGGGUGAACGUAGACUACGGUGCUAGGGGAUUUGAGUCAGACCCCAAGAGUUUGUUGACUUUCAACCGAGGCACCAUCGGCGGGGCACAAAACGGGGCUCGCAAACUACUUGCGAUCGACUCAGAGGAAGAUGUGCGACUGAAGACUCCCGAGGUGGCCGCCAACACCGUGGAAGAAAAAAGGAUGUUCGUCCGCCUCAACGAUGCGGCGGUGCUUGCAGCCCGCAGUGAAACAUUGUUCAAGAAGGGGUCCUGGCUGAACAAGAAUGUGGUCGGGCUGGCCUGGGUGCAAGGCCGAGGGCUGUCCCUCGUACGGACCAAGGAGGGGACCACACGUGGCGGGAAUCCCUGGGUGUGGCUUGUCACCGUCAUCGACAACUGGGAGUACUGCUGGUCUGGACCCGGUUUUGUGGUGUUCAUGACGCACAACUGGUGCUUCGCAGGCUACAAGAACCUCAAGGAGCAUGACCGGAAGGGCGCCAACCAAAUGGAGGUGGGGCGAUCAGGCGACUUCUCGACCCCCUCGGCAAAGGGCAAAGUCAACGGCCCGAAGAGCAAUUUCGGCAUGACGGCAAACGCCACCGUGGAGGGCGCACGGGCGCGAGAGGUGGCCGCCGAGGCAGCCGUGGAGGCCGCUUACACAGCGGAAGAACAAGCAGCAGCGCAGGGACACCUCGUCGUUGCGAUCAAGAGGCGCAAGCUCGUCGUGAAGGCGAGGCAGGACCAAUCCACCGGCGGUGCGACCUUGGGAACAGGGGCGAACCAGGUGGGAAGCGCCCCCACUAACAGUGCAGCGGCCACCGCGCGCAGGGCCAUCCCCGGCGCGCCCAGCCCUGCUAGAGCCUAUGGCUUUUGCUUUGGUUUGGGUGCGGAUGGCAAGGGUCUCGCCGGGAAGCUCAAGCAACUGUUUGCCGGUGAAAACGGUUUCGGGAGAGGGCCAAUCACCACGGACGGGUGCAACGCACCCAAGUUCGGAGAGGCGGGAGUGACAAACUCCGACAGAUUCUCGUGGACGCUUGACGACCACGACAAUCUCAUCCUCCCCGUCCACAACAGCAACAGCUACGGCGGGAAGCACCCUAGGUGCCAAAUCGGAGGUGUUGUCCUCGUUGAGAGGGUCAAGGGAUCGUGGCGACUAUGCCCAUGGGCGUAUCGGUACGUCUCGACUGGGAGGGUCGUGCAACAGAUCACGCACAACCAACGCCACAACGGGGCACAACAGAAGGGCAGCGACAAGAAGAGGGCGCAGAAGUACCCAUCCCAGCCACCGAGUUCGUUGCACCCCAACAAACCUCGGAAGGCAUGGAAUCGAGCGCAUUCUCUAGUGUACGCGAGGUGAAAAUCUGACGGGCUAUGGUGAUAAGUCGAGCUCCUGCAUCCAAACCUGGGCAGCAGCCAAUAUCAUGCUUAGUGUCCGGAGAGGCAUAUACGCAGCUUCUUCAAUGAUGAUCACGUCAACCUUGAGCGUUCGUAUCGACCCGGCCGUUUUCUUCACGUGAGAAUCAUCCCCCAGAUAGAAACCGAGCUGGUGGUCGGCGGUCUUUACACUCCACCCACGUGGCAUGUCUGUGAAGGACGUUCUCAAACUAUUGGUGGGGGUUACGACAAGCCCAGUUUUGAAGAUGGCCGUUGCAGCACGGGUUGCGCAGUAACUCUUCCCCGCUCCCCCAUGCUCCCCGGUCACCGCGCAAACGAUCCUUUCCUCCUCGAACUUCAGCGCACGUAGUAGUCGUUCAAGGGUUGCUGGUGACUCCGUCUCGCACACCUCCGGCCAAACCUGUAGUUUUUGGUCUUUGGUGAGAGAAAGCCAGGCUCUGUGGGUGUCAUCCAUGGAUGGGAAGCUCGUCCCAAUGCCAUCCCAAAGCGGAACCACCCGUAGGACCCGUUUAGGCGGGCAUGGGAUUUGCCUUAGUGCGGGCGGUAACGCACUCAGGGAUAGUUUGGUUUCGAUGCCAUGGAAGACGCGACUCUCGGAGGUCUGUGGAUUCUUCAACGCUG